ACACUACAUCCGUGCUGGGGAUUUGUUUUGCUGAUGCUGGAUGUCAGAUUUUGCUGAAAAAAAAUCCCACCGUUUCUUCUUACUAGACAUAAUUUUGGACAUGAUCGAAUUAUUAUCUACAGAGGAGACGAAGAAGCGUUAUUAAACAGCGUCAUAGCUUAUUGGUUAUCGCUCCUCAUUAUUUAUCUAGCAACACCGAGAGCAGACGGCGCUAGCUAGCAGGCUAACAAAGCUGGCAUUUACAGUGAAACACUUAGCUUGCAUGUCCAGCGCGUAAUUCGGUAGUUUCAAAACAUUAUAUUUAAAGGUUGCUAUUGUGAGUUUAAGAGUUAAAACAUGGGUUAGCUAGAGUUAGCUAUUUUCCGUCUAUGUCCUAUAUUUGCAUUUUUACCACCAACUGAGCUAGCUUUACAUUAUUUACAGUUAGCCUUUUCAUAUUCCUGAAAAUUGAAGACAGCCAGAGAACUGCUAUCCGUGGAGGUUUGAUGUGUUGGGCUGUCACUUGCAUUUCCCCAAAGCAAGCCAUGCUAUGAUGGUGCUACGGCGGCUACUGAGAAAGCGCUGGGUGCUGGGAGUUGUCUUUGGACUCUCCCUCAUCUACUUUCUGACCAGCACACUCAAACAGGAGGAGCGGACCAUACGAGACCGAACACUCUUAGAAGUUAGAGAUUCAGAUCAUCGCAUCCCCUGGAAAGUCCGCUUUAACCUGGGGAACAGCAGCCGACAGAUCACUCAGUGUAGAAAUUCCAUCCAGGGCAAGACACUGCUUACAGACGAACUUGGAUAUGUCUGUGAGAGAAAAGACUUGCUCGUUAAUGGCUGCUGUAACGUCAAUGCUCCCAGCACCAGACAGUACAUAUGUAAAAGUUGCCUGGCCAAUGGAUGCUGUAGCAUCUAUGAGUAUUGCGUGUCAUGCUGUCUCCAGCCCGAUAAGCAACUUCUUCUUGAGCGCUUCCUGAAUCGUGCAGCUGAAGGUUUCCAGAAUCUUUUCACUGCUGUCGCGGAUCAUUUUGAGUUGUGUCUGGCCAAGUGUAGGACAUCUUCACAAAGCGUUCAACAUGAAAACACGUACCGAAACCCUCAAGCAAAGUACUGCUAUGGUGAGAGUCCUCCAGAACUUCUGCCUGUAUGAGCCUAUUUGACUUGCUUCUGGUGUUUAGUAAUCGAAGAGCAAUGGAAUAGCAAUUGACAAAUAAGGGUGUUUGUUGAAGAGAUGGUGCAUAUGAAAUGCUUGGACAAUUUUGCAAUAUUGUGGCAAAGAGAUGAAGGAAGACCAACCUCAAAAAGGACAAAACGCUGUAUGCUUUUUUUUUUCUUCUUUUUUUAAAUUAUUUACACUUCAUAAGUGCAUAAUACGCUUUAUCCGUUCAUCCGUGAUGAUCAUCAGGUCUAUUUAGCAGGCAGCUCAUCCAUCAACACUUGCUUCAAACAAGUCAUAAAGUCAUGUCAUGAAAUCAAACGAACCUUUCUGUUUUGUUCUGAACAUUUUAAAAUGGCAAAGAAUGUGUCCUAACCUCUGUGUAUAGUGCAUGCAGAUGAAAUGCUUAUUUAAUAAAAGGGACUGUGAAACUGAA